AUGACGACGACAACAACAACGACGAAAGCAACGCCCAAACUUGCAAAUGGUUCUGAAGCAAUAUCGAGCAGUGAUGAUUACUAUGCGUAUGAAGACGAAGACGAUUACACUAUCCAUGCAAAUGACACCAAAACAAAAGAAAAGAAUGUGGACGAAGUAAUGUGUAAUCGCUACGGUAAAGGCUUGUUGAAGUGGAUGAAAAACAACGAGAACAGAUGGAGUGAAUUUCUCACCGAGGUAUAUUUUUGCACCUGUCUUUUCGUAGACGAAAAUCAUAAGACUUAA